AUGGGUGGCCAAUCGGGAACGCGAAAGAUAGAGGGCGACAAUGUCGGGAAAAAAGGCGGGCGGCGUAGCGUUGGAGUCGUCGUGCUGCGGACUGUAGAGAAAGAUUUUGAAGCGGAGAGUAUAUCCGUGGAAGAAUACAAAACGAAAUACAUUCGAGUUAAACUAAAAGUUACGGAGAGGCUCGAACAACGCAACAUGGCCGUUAUGAACGGGGGCAAAAUCGGUAACCACGCAGCAAACGAGAUUGGGACGAACCGAAGGAGUUUCAAGCUGCCAAAGAUCGAGUUGAAAAAGUUUAGCGGAGAAGUGAAAGAUUGGCUGCAAUUCUGGUCGCAGUUUAAGAAGAUUCAUGACGAUGCGACGAUUGAAAAAGAGGACAAAUUUCAGUAUUUGUUACAAGCUAUGGUUACAGGAUCACAUGCAAGCGAAUUGGUCAACAGUUUUCCACCGUCAGGAGAAAAUUAUCAAAAGGUAAUCAAAAGCUUAAAAAGUCGUUUUGGUCGAGACGAACUUCUCGUCGAAGUUUACGUUCACGAAUUAUUGAAACUCGUUUUGCAAAACGCGGUAAAAUCGAAAGAUAAGCCUACGUUGUCGAGACUAUACGAUAAACUCGAGUCACACAUACGUGCCUUAGAAACACUGGGAGUCACGACGGAUAAAUGCGCUGCGAUGUUGUACCCACUGGUAGAGUCUGCGCUUCCUGAGGAAACAUUACGGGCUUGGCAAAGGAGUGCCGUAUUGGGAAAUGAUAUUGAGUCGAAGGAGCGUUUAUCCUCACUUUUGAAUUUUCUAGCAAAUGAAGUUGAAAACGAGGAAAGAAUUGCCAUGGCUGUGCAAGGGUUCGGGAUAACAUCCGAGUCGGAAAAUGGGAAAAGAUUAGAUUCAGAAAAGGUAAAGAAAUUAAAAACGAAAUCUGAAAUGAAGGAUAUAGCGACUGCGACGACGUUGUUGACGACGAAGGAUGACAAAUUGGUAUGUGUGUUUUGUUCCGGAGGACAUAAAAGUCCAGACUGUAAUGAAGCACGGCAAAUGACGCAUCAGGAGAAGCAAACGAAAUUGAAGCAGCAGAAUUGUUGUUUCAAUUGUACGAGAAGCGGACAUACGGCACGAAGAUGCCGAGUCCAUCUGAAUUGUGCCUGGUGUGGUAAGAGACACGUAGUGGUCAUGUGUCCAGAGAUGGUAGAAAAAAGGAAAACAACCGAGGAAAAAACAAAACCCGAGACGAAAAUUGAUACCGAUCAAAAUUUAGCCAAUUUUGAAAAUGACCCAGAAGUUCUUUUGCAGACGUUGCGUGUGAGAUUGUGUGGCGAGGAAAAGGACUGUGAAGUACGAGCCCUUAUUGACACCGGUUCACAGAGGUCAUACGUGACGAAGGAUGCUGUGAAUGCUAUUGGCUGCACACCCCUGGGAAGUUUACUACUGAAGCACGCUUUAUUUGGAGGGAUCAAAUCGCAACAACAGGAACAUAAGAGGUAUCAGUUGAGAAUGACGGAUUUGCAAGGUGAGUUUCCUUGUCGGUUCGAGGUAUUGGACAACGAACAAAUAUGUAGCAACGUUCCUAAUGUACGAGUAGGACCAUGGGCAGCUGAAUUGAAACGUUUAAACAUCGAACUUUCUGAUACACACGAUGUUUCCGAACCGAUACAAGUAUUAAUCGGAGCGGAUGUUGCGGGAAAAUUGAUGACAGGGAAAACGCAUAUAUUAACAAGUGGUCCCGUGGCAGUAGAGACACGAUUGGGAUGGACUCUGAUGGGAAAAGUAACAAAAAAUCGCGACAGAUGGGACACUACAUUGAUGGUAAUUUCGAUGUUCCAGAUGGAGGCUAAGAUUGAGAAGUUGUGGGAAUUGGAUAUACUCGGUAUAUCGGAGCCGGUUCGAAAACUAACGAUCAAAGAACGGGAAAAAAUGGUCGAAGAGAAUUUUCGAUCCACCGUGCGGGUGAACAAUGAAAAUCGUUACGAAGUACAACUACCGUGGAUUAGUGAUCAUCCACCAAUACCGUCAAAUCGAAUGUUGGCAGAGAAACGCUUAGAAACAACAACAAAAAGACUGCAAAAAGAAGGAUAUUUCGUCGAGUAUGACAACGUAUUGAACGGAUGGCUGGAAGAGGGAAUAAUCGAGCGAGUACCCGACACAGAGAUUGACAAAUUCGGGCAUUACAUCCCUCACAGACACGUGGUCAAAAAGAAUAGUACGACGAACGUACGACCAGUGUUCGAUGCUUCGGCGAGAGAGAAAGAAUCGCCUUCUUUAAAUCUAUGCCUCGAAAAGGGUCCAAACUUGAUUGAAUUGAUUCCUGCGAUUUUGACGAGAUUUAGAACGUCAAAAAUUGGUGUUAUCGCGGAUAUAAAAAAGGCUUUUUUGCAGAUCAGUGUUCGUCAAGAGGACCGCGACUUUCUUCGUUUCUUGUGGUGGAAACCAGGGUCGAGUCAAGAAACUGUAGUCUAUCGACAUUGUCGUGUCGUCUUCGGUGUGUCGUGUAGUCCUUUUCUGCUGGGAGCAGUCAUAAAUCUACAUCUGGAAAGGGCGUCAAAAGACAACCAAGACGUUGAACAAGAAGCGGAUGACCAACGUGUACUCGAUAAAAUGAAAAGAAGUUUUUAUGUGGAUGAUUGCAUAACGAGUGUAGAUAUGGAAGACGAGGUCGAAUGCUUCGUGAAAGUCGCCUCUGAGGUCAUGGCAAAUGGCGGAUUUGAAUUGAGAGGGUGGGAGAAAACUGGACAAGACGGAAAUGAACAAGCAAAAGUUUUGGGGCUUGUCUGGAAUAAAAGAAACGAUACUCUCGAAAUAAACAGAGGGAUCUUGAAAGAUGAGUUGCCUGAAAAAAUAACAAAAAGAGUUAUUCUGUCAACGGCACAAGCUCUUUUCGAUCCGAUCGGUUUUACAGCACCUGUAAGUCUCUUUCCCAAAGUUUUGCUUCAAGAGGCUUGGUCAUCGAGGAUCGACUGGGAUACCGAAGUGGAUGACGACAUGCGAAUGAGAUUCGUUGCUUGGUUCGAGGAAUUGCAAGCGUUGAGCGAAAUAAAAAUACCGAGACACUUAUUUAACGGAGCCAAAAGAUCAAAUGAUGUGAGUCUUCAUGUUUUUUGCGAUGCUAGUCAGAAAGCAUAUGCGGCCGUAGUCUAUAUACGUUCUGAAAAUGACGAUGGCACAACGAUACAACUCGUACAAGCAAAAUCUCGAGUGGCGCCGAAGAAAACAACGAUUCCUCGACUGGAACUGCUAGCGGCAACGAUUGGGGCGCGACUGGCGGCUUCGACGAAAAACGCCUUGGACCUGCAGGAAGUCACUACGUUUUUUUGGAGUGAUUCGACUACGGUGCUGUCCUGGAUACACAGAGAAUCGGAAUGGAGUGUGUUCGUAUGGAAUCGCGUGCAGGAGAUAUGCAAUCGCUACUUGCAUCAAAAUGGUGGGAGGGACCAGAAUGGUUGUCGAAACCCGAGCGAGAGUGGCCUUGCCAGUCCUUCACAGCGGACGAGACAGAAAUACAAAGAUCGAAAAAUCGGAAGUUUAACGUUGCAAGAGAGCGAGGAAACGGAAAUACAAAUUUUGAAAGUGGUUCAAAAGGAAGCGUUCAAAAACGAGCUAGAUGAGAAACUCGGAUCGUUAAGUGCGUUCAAGGACGAGAACGGUCUCAUUCGAUUGAAUACGAAAGUUGCAAGACGUCCAGACACUUAUGAUUUUCGUUCUCCAAUCGUUUUGCCGAAACAUAAUACGAUAACGGAUCGAUUGGUAUUCGAGAGACACGAAGAAUUAUGCCACGCCGGAGUUCAAACAGUCUUGGUAUCCAAUUAUUCGGGAGCACAGAAAAUUAGAUGGAUUUUCAAUCCUCCGUCUGCUUCGUGGUGGGGAGGAUGGUGGGAGCGGCUAAUCGGACUCGUCAAACGAUUACUUCGUCGAGUACUGGGAAAAGCAUGUCUGUCUUAUGAAGAAAUGAUGACGACGCUGUGUGACUGUGAAUCGGUCAUCAAUUCGAGACCUAUCACCUACGUUUCGGACGACCCCACGGAUUUGGUCCCGUUAUCACCAUCCAUGUUCCUGCAAGAAGGCCGAGAAAUUGGCGUGCCCGAUUGUGAUGAUGUGGAUCGUAGGAGCCUGGUGAAAAGAAUGCGUUACAAACAAAAAUUGCGCGACAAUUUACGACGUCGUUUUCGAGCUGAGUAUCUCGGUCAGCUGAUGCAGCGAAACAAAAACAAAAUAGAUCAACGUGUGCCCAAGGUGGGAGACAUCGUCAUGGUUGGAAACGAUAUACAUAAACGGCUGGAAUGGCCGUUGGCGCGAGUUGUGGAAACUAUUGAGGGAAACGAUGGAGAAAUUAGGGUAGUUCGUUUGAGAACGGCUUCGGGAGAAGUCACGAGACCGGUGCAACGAGUGUAUCCUCUCGAACUAAACGAUGGCGAGAGCUGUGAGAUGAGGAAGAGACAGGUCAACAUUCUCCCCAGAAAGGAGACUGUCAGAGAACCACAUACAGAAGAAACAACUACUACGCGAAGGGGACGCGUCGUAGUACGACCCGAGCGUUACUCACCUUGA